AUGAUUCGUGUUGGUUUAGUAACUGGUGCUGCUCGAGGAAUAGGACGUGCAAUUGCUCUUCGUCUUGCUAAAGAUGGUUUUAAUGUCGCUGUUAAUGAUAUCGAAGCGAGUUCCGGUGAUCUUCAAAAAGUUCAACAAGAAAUUGAACAACUAGGUCAAAGAUCAAUCGCAAUAAUUGCUGAUGUUUCGGAUAGUAAAUCAGUCGAAAAUAUGAUGCAAGAGACUGUCGAAAAAUUAGGAAGUCUAGAUGUAUUAAUUGCAAAUGCUGGAAUUGGUGAAGUAAAAUCGCUCUUAGAUACGACUGUAGAAGAUUGGGAUAAAGUUUUUGCAGUAAACACGCGUGGUAUAUUUCUUUGUUACAAAGAAGCAGCUAAAAUCAUGAUUAAACAAGCACAAACUGCUGCUUUAGAAUGGGCACCAUACAAUAUUACAGUUAAUGCUUAUUGUCCAGGACUUAUUAAGACAUCGUUGUCUGACAAAUCUAAUGAAGUUCUUUCAAAAAUUCAAGGAAAAUCAGUGAACGAUAUUGAAAGCGAUUCGCUAAAAACAAUUCCAAUUGGUCGUGUAGGAUAUCCCGAGGAUGUUGCAAAUUUGGUUUCAUUUCUUGCUGGCAAAGAUUCUGACUAUAUUACUGGACAAAGUAUUUUAGUAAAUGGUGGACGAGAAUUGUCUUAA